ACUAGACCUCAAGGCUCAAUUCUCAAAUCCAAUGCCCAACUCAUCACGAGCUAUCCCUGAAAAUGACAGAAAUGCCCUCGUACGUUGUUGGAAACCCUAUUUUCGAGCCUUACAAGCCCAAGAAACAACAAUACAAAUUGUACUCUUCGUUGCUCCCGAUCAUCUUAUCUAUCUUCACCUACAUUUUGAUCUUCCACGUUCUCGACGUCUCUCCUUGGUCGAUCUUCAACGACACGAAGGUCUUGUUCGUCAUCUCCAACGCACUUAUCAUCAUCAUAGCAGCCGAUUACGGAGCAUUCACUGAUAAAGAGAACCACGAUUUUUACGGAGAAUACACAGCCUCGAUGACAAGAGGUGCACGAGAAAACCCUAGACCGGAAAACUUGGGAUAUCGGGUGGAUAUGGCGGAAGAAAUCAAGAACCGUGAGAAACAAGAAGAACUAACGGGAGAAAGAGACUUACAACUUCAGUAUUUACCUAACAAGAAAGCGAAAGUUCCUGAGAGAAUCAUUCAAGCCGUGAGCAAGAACCAACCGAGAAACACAACUAUCCAAAAGUUCGAGCCAAUGACUGAGAAAAACAUUCCUAUAAAAGCUGCCAAAGAAGAAACUUGCACAGCAAGAAAGGUGAACUCUAAACCGUACGGGAGAAGCAAAUCGGAUAAGGCUCGUGGGUCAAUGGUAACCAAGGAAAGCCGUCGUCAAGACAUCAAACAUAGACCUAAAAGUUACGAUCGAAGCCAGUCGGAUAGCUCGAAAUGGAUGGUUGUUCACAAGGUGACAAAGGCUGAGGAGAUGGAGAUGGCGACGAAGAAGUGGGAGAAUGUAAGAGAAGAGUCGGAGGAGUUCUCGAAGAUGUCAAACGAGGAGUUGAACAGACGAGUCGAAGAUUUCAUCCAACGGUUCAAUCGAGAUAUCAAACGACAAAUUUAGUUUAAUGUAAUUUGUUGUUGUACCGAUACGGCAAAUUUAGUCAACCUUUUUGUGUC